AUGUCCUGGAACCCGUUCAAGAGCAACGAUGCGCCGCAGACGGGGGGGAUGGGGUCGUGGAUGAACAUCGAGGGCGGGGCCAUGCGGGCAGCGGCGACGGGCGAGCUGACGGGCGAGCCGAGCGCGUUUGAGAAGAUGGGCUUCGAGCUGACGCGGCAGCAGCGCAUCAUUGGCUUCGCGGGGUGCCUCGUCUUUGGUUUCGCCCUCUCCAUCAUCGGCUCGAUCAUGCUCUUCUUUGGCAACACGACUCUCUUUGCCAUCCUCUACUCGAUCGGCGUCAUUGUCAGCCUCGUGGGCACGGGCUUCCUCAUUGGCUUUGCGCGCCAGCUCCGGUCCAUGUUUGACCCCGUGCGGCUGUGGGCGACCGUGGUGAUGCUCCUCGCCUUUGUCAUGGUCUGGGUGUCUGCCUUUGCCAUUGGCGUCCCAUUUCUGCCCCUCAUCUUCGUCGUCAUUCUCUUCCUCGCCUACAUCUGGUACACCCUCUCGUAUAUUCCGUACGCGAGGAGCAUGGUCAAAUCGAUCUUCUCGAAGUUCAUGUGA